CGCACCGGAAGCGCGUCACACCAGGAAGACGUGGCAGCGGAAGUGGAGGGUCGAGCGGCAUGGGGCUGUGCAAAUGCCCGAAGCGGCUCGUCACGAACCUCUUCUGCUUCGAGCACCGCGUCAACGUCUGCGAGCACUGCCUCGCGGCGUCCCACGGCAAGUGCAUCGUACAGUCGUACCUGCAAUGGCUGCAAGACAGCGACUACAGCCCGGACUGCCCACUGUGCAGCACGGCGCUCGCCGGCGGGGACACCGUGCGCCUCAUGUGCUACGAUGUGUUUCACUGGGCAUGCCUGAACACCAUGGCGGCACAGCUGCCCCCCAACACGGCGCCUGCCGGGUACUGCUGUCCCAGCUGUAAGGCCCCCAUCUUCCCGUCGCCCAACCUGGCGGGGCCCGUCGCCACGGCCCUCCGCGCUCAGCUCAGCUCCGUAAACUGGGCCCGAGCGGGUCUGGGCCUCUCUGUGAUCGAGGAACCGGAGGCCACCUCGAAAGAAGCCCAGCUCGACGUCACUGACUACCAGGACUGGCCACCGGCAUCGUCGUCGUUUCACGCAACAGACGGAACGAGAGCGAUGCAGGAACAGCGCGGAGAGCCUGAGGAUGGGGCUGGGGGUAGGGCGGUCACGGUGGGGGCCCGGGGGGUGGGAGAUGGGGGACCCCUGAGUGGAACCGGGGGAGACCCAGCACCAGCCAUCGCUUACAGCCCUGGGGACGAACACACAGCGAGCCCGGUGGCAUCGGCGCAGAGGAAGGUGUACGACGCGACCGCCCGGGAGCCCUUUCAAUCCACGAGCAUCCACGUCGACACGGACGAAGAUAAGUACCGGCGACGCCCGGCGCUGCAGUGGCUCGCCCGCUGGUUCCGGUCACGGUCGGCCCCGCAGUCGCGCAGGAAGGACGCGUCUCUGGUGGCCGGGGCCCGGAGGCAGCGCCGAGUUGUGCUGCUGGUGCUGGGGCUGCUGGCGUUCCUCACGCUACUGCUGGUCAUGAGCCAGCUAGGCCGGGGUGCGGCCGACAGCGACCCCCUGCUCGACCCCCUGGCCAACCCCCACAUCCGGGUGCAGCAGCCGAGGUUGUGGUGAGGGCGGAGGCGGCGGGGCCCGGUGGUCCUCGCGGAAUUCACCGCCACGCCGGUGGCGGCACAACAUGGGGAGACUCGUCGCGUCGUCACCCCCACAUUCCAGAAACUAAACGAGAGAUCGGUUCGGCUGACGUUUCAGUUGAUUUCCGGAGCGGUAAAGUUGAUUUGUACCCUGGGUGUCGCUUUCCUGUCUUGUGAGACUGCUGCUGCAUCUUGCGAGACUGUCGUAGAGGGGAGGGGUCCUAGGGCCCUCGUUAGAGGCCGGGUCGCCCCUGCUGGUCCCCCCUCAAGGCUGCGCGGUUUCCACUGGGACCAGGGUGAGUGACCGCACAGGCCUCUCCCUCGCGGCGAUGCCUAGCGGGGCCUCUUAACGACAAGGCAUUGGCGAUAAAGUUGGAGCCCUGAAACUGUUCGCUCACACCGCAGCUGGUGGCAGUGGUCUCCGCCAGACGGAUCUCUAGAUGGUAUUUGGCCUACUCUUCCACGCUGAACAGACGUGUGCGUUGGAAGAGGUGGGCGUGGCCCACACUUUACCCCUGCACAUGCGACCUGCUGGUCGAUCGACUACGGUGUUUCCAUUUGUACUGCUUUGGCGAAUACGCCGACACGAAUCCCGGACUAAUUCUCGGACCAGCAGUAAUGUCGGAGUGACGCAAGUAACUGAUCUCAUUCAGCGGGGCGAUAUGAUUCUGUUAAUAAAGUGAAGAAGUGUCUGUGUGUUCAUAGGUAUCGUGGCCAUGCAAGGCAGCUCCUGGCAUGGGGUUGGGGAGAUGCAGGGUGCACAUGAAUCUCAUGUUAUGGGAUCUAUGGGUUCCCGCUCAGUAGUUUGGCUUCGUUGACUUUGUCCUUAACCGGAUAAUAAACCUUGGGUUACCGGUG